GACACCAUUUAUAUACUGAUACGUGAGAAGAGGGGACAGAGUUGUGAGCAAAGGCUUGAAUCGCUAUUACAGUCAAAACUGUUUAGUUUCGCACUCGAUAUCAAUAAAGUCCGACACAAAGUGGUGGCCAUCGCCGGCGACCUAUCCGUCGAUGGUAUGGGUCUUAAGGACUCGGACCGGGAUCUACUGGUAUCAAAGGUGUCGGUGAUAUUCCACGUGGCGGGAGAUGUGAAGUUCAAUGAGACGAUUAGGGAUGCGGUCACUCAUAACCUGAUUGGCACCGCACAAGUGGUGCGACUCUGCCAUCAGUGCCGGGCGUUGGAAGCACUCAUUCACGUGUCCACAGCCUAUGCCUUCUGUCAGCGCUCGGACUUAGAGGAGAAGAUAUAUCCCAUGAAAGUUACACCUGAAGAGGUUAUACACGCCGUACAGACCAUGAAUGACACCGAACUUACCCGGUACACCGAACCGCUACUUGAGGGCCGACCCAAUUGCUACACAUUCGCCAAAGCGUUGGCCGAACACAUUGUACACAAGGACCGACCGGCGGGUCUACCCGUGUCUAUAGUGCGGCCGUCGAUUGUAUUGGCCGCCUAUGAGGAGCCAAUGCCCGGUUGGAUUGACAAUUUCAAUGGGGCCACCGGUAUAGCCCUGUUGGGCUCGUUGGGCAUUAUGCGUAUCGCCGACUACGACACCGACAAACGGCUCAGUUUCAUACCGGUCGACAUGACCAGCAACGCGCUGAUCGCCGCCGCCUGGCAUACAGGCACACAACGGCCCCGCGAUAUAGAGAUAUAUCAUUUGUCUAGUGAGCCUCAUAAUACACCCCCGUUGGUCGAUGUGGUGGAGUAUUUUUUGGUAGCUCAACAGGAUUCACCUAGUAUCAAGGUGGUUAGGCCGCAUGCCGGUGUGCCCCAUACCCGCCCGUCCCGGUUCCGCCUCUGGACCACGAUUUUGGUGUCCCAUCUAUUGUUUGCCUACUUUGUCGAUGCCUUGAUAUGGCUGUGCGGCUAUAAACCC